AUGAAAAACGAUGAAAACGAAGCUGCUUACCAAAUGCUGAGGAUGACACAGUUGGUGGUCAGGGCCAUGCACCGAGGAAAAAAAUCUACUUCCACUAAUGCUGUUGCACUAGUAGACGCAUAAACUGGUAAAAAAUAAGGGCGAGAUAACAAACUAUAACGAAAUUUACAUACAGCACGUAACAAAGGAGCGUAAUUAACAAAAUACCGGAGAGCGAAAAGAAAAAGAAUACACGAUAUCAAGUAAGUGAGAAAACGAAAAACAAAAGGAAAAAAUUUGCCCCAACAUCCUGGGAGGUUUGACUGAAUUUAACUGAUUCAGCAAAAUAAAUACGAGGAAAAUUUAAAACUAAGAGUCCGCCAAUUAUAACCUGGUCAUUUGAAGCAGUCUCUUAAACUCUCAAGUUUCGAUAAACACAGUUUUAGACAGCUUGUUAGAGUAGAGUUCUUCGUCUUAAUUUCUGCCACACGGACUUUACCGUCUCGUCCUGGAAAAGUCUUGAUAACACGGUCAAAGAGCCAACAUCCUCGCGGGGAGUUGUUAUCCACAACAAGAACUACAUCUCCGAUCUUUAAGUUGUCUUUCUCGCGUAUCCACUUCUGGUGUUGUUGCAGAGUUGGGAUGUACUUUCGUAUCCAUCUUUUCCUAAAACAAUCAGCCAGAAAUUGCGCUCUUCUCCAUAGCUUCCUUCUGUAAAGAUCCUCGCGGUAAUGUCCUCGUGACAUUAUACAUGUAGCCACUUUAAGUUGAUCCUUAAAUAUUUAUUCCUCAGAACUUUUAUUAAGAAUCCUAGUAGCCGGAGAAAGGUGUAACAUUACCGGAGAAUAUUUUGAAUGAGGCUCAACGUGUGAAUAAAAAAUAUUCAUAAGCUACCGAAAGUUAGUCGGAGAAUUCUGCUUAGUAAAUGGAGAAUUCUCCAAUCUCUGAUGCCUGAUGAACGCGCUGAUUCCUUUUACAGCGAAAUUCAUUGCAUCGCGCUGUGCAUUUUGCAAAAUUCGAAGGAAGUUUGGGUUUUUCUGUUCCAUCAAUCGUCUUAGUGGACCUCUUAGGAAACACAUGUUUACUUGCAUGAGUUCAAAAGGUCCUGGUUUUUAUUAUUUGUGAUUGGUGGAUUUCGGUCUGUUUUGUUUGUUUCAUGUUUCAAGGUUCGUUGCUUUGUGAUCGUCCUGUUUCAGGCAAUAGUCGACUGAUCUUUCUUAUUCUUGUCACUUGUAAGAAUAAAGCAACAUCUGCCUCCUUCCUUCCUUCGACAAAAAAAUCCACUCACCAUUGGGAUUUCCUUUGCUAUUCCUGAGCAGUCUAGAGUCAUUCUCAGCCAAGCUGGGCAAGCAUGUUGCUGUCUGAUUUGCAUUAACCCUGUCUUCACUCAAAUGAUUGACAGAAGAGAAGAACCCAAAAUCCCGUCGAACUUUGCGAUACGCGCAGCACGAUACAACAAAUUUUGCUGUAAGUGUUUGUAUAAACAUGCUGUUCCUCUAACACUGUUGUGUUUCUAAUGAAGAGCAUUUGUAUAAACAUCAAUUGCUUAUUUUUACUUUUCUUUUUCUUCAUCUUUUUCUUACCUCACUUUUAUUUUUAUGUCCUUUUGGUUGGAUCAAUGAAGAAAAUUUGAAUAACUCUGGCAUAUGCAAUACACAUGAUUUUUACUUUUCAACUACUGAUUCACAAUCAAUACAGAACUCACAGGACAUGUUAUGAGUUAGGCACUUUGAAGACCUUAACGGCUGUUUUAAUGACAUUUUUUUAGAGAAGUAAGGAAGUAUAUAUUUAACACAGUUGUGAUGAAAGCAAUGGUCUACAAUAAAAGCUAUUAAGUGAUAGGAAUUAUGGAGUUCAAGAAUGUUUGGCGUUCACAGCCAUUUACAGCUGUCAGAGCAAUCAAAUUAUCGAAAGAUAGUUCGAGUUCAUAUUACAACACUUACAGUUACUGUUGCAUAUGGCUAAGUUGUAAUUUAGGAAAGGUUAAAGUCAAGGCAAUGCCGGGAAUCCUCUUUGUUGGCACUCAUAUUCACUUGCAGUGGUAAUGCACCAGAAACAAGAGGCACAGCAUUUGUAGUGUAUGAAGAUAUCUUUGAUGCCAAGAAUGCUUGUGAUCAUCUGUCAGGCUUCAACGUCUGCAAUCGCUACCUUGUUGUUCUCUACUACCAAUCUACCAAGGUAAAGUAGACUAACAAUAUUAUUUGUCCAAGAUGGGGCUGUCACUUAGACAGCAUGACUCGUGGUGUCUUUCAUCGGAUAUGAAAGGACAAUAGAACCAAAAAAAUAUUAUUUUCUAGCUGAUCAAACAUAACUAUAGUGCAAGUCCCUUGGCCUUUCUUCAUAUCGAGGUUCUACUGUACUUUAGUCAAAUCAAAUGUUUAUUAUUUAUUUCUUUUUUAUUCAGGCUUUCCAAAAAUUGGACAAGGAAAAGAAGAGACAGGAAUUGGAGAAAAUGAAAGAAAAAUAUGGAAUCAACAAGGACAAGUGA